AUGGCGACAACAACAUCCCUCCUCGCAGCCCUCAACUGCAAAGGCAACACCCACCUCAUCAUCGGCACAAACCCCCUCGCCGCCGCCCGCUGCACACAAUCCAUCAACGCCGGCGCAACCCCGAUCCUCCUCGCCCCAGACACCCCAGACCUGCACUACGGCCUCCAAAAACGCAUCGAGGCAGGCGAGGUAGAAUGGCGCAAAAAGGCCUUUGAGGACACCGACCUCUUCACCCUCGGCCGCGACGAUGUCGAUAACGUCGUCGACGCCGUCUUCGUCACCUCAGGCCCGCGAGACCCGCUGAGCACUCACAUCUCGGCGCUGUGCAGGCGGAACCGCAUCCCCGUCAACGUCGUCGACGCGCCGCAGCUGUGCUCAUUCUCGUUGCUUUCGACACACACGGACGGGCCACUGCAGAUCGGCGUCACGACGAACGGGAGGGGUUGUAAGCUUGCGUCGCGGAUCCGGAGGGAAGUUGCUGCUGCGCUGCCUACUGAUCUCGGAGCGGCAUGUGCGCGGUUGGGCGAGGUGAGAAGGAAGAUCCAGUCCGAGGACCAUCUUCCUGACGAAGUCGAUGACUCGUUCGACCAGACGGCGAACUUCAACAAGCUCGUCACGGAGGCGGACUUGGAUGCGGCGAAGAAUAGAAGGAUGAGGUGGCUGAGUCAGGUGUGUGAGUACUGGCCGCUUAAGAGGCUGGCCGCGAUCACCGACGAGGAGGCCGAUUCCGUGUUGAAGUCAUAUUCGGCGGCCGUUGCAAUCUCAGCGGCGCCGGAGACGGCGGGCAAGCCGCCCGCUGCUGGACUUGGUGCGGGAGCGCGGGUGCCGCAGCGGCAGGGGAGGAUUAUUCUUGCCGGUAGCGGUCCCGGACACCCCGAUCUGCUCACUCGAGCGACUCACAAGGCGAUUGAGACGGCGGAUCUCAUUCUGGCGGAUAAGCUUGUCCCGGCAGGUGUGCUUGAUCUCAUCCCGCGCCGUACGCCGGUACAGAUUGCGAGGAAGUUCCCCGGAAACGCAGACCAAGCGCAGGAGGAACUCCAUGAGCUCGCUCUUGCCGGUGCCAAGGAGGGCAAGACGGUGUUGAGGUUGAAGCAGGGCGAUCCGUUUAUCUACGGCCGCGGAGGAGAGGAGGUCGCGUACUUCAGGGAACAUGGAUUCGGAGAUCGCGUCACGGUGCUGCCUGGUAUCACAUCUUCGCUGAGCGCGCCGCUGUUCGCCGGUAUACCGCCUACCCAGCGCGAUGUCGCUGACCAGGUGCUGGUUUGCACGGGUACUGGGAAGAAGGGCAAGCCGCCUGCCCCGCCUGAGUACAUUGCCAGCAGGACAGUUGUGUUCUUGAUGGCGCUGCACCGCAUCACAGGGCUUGUCAGGGAGUUGACGUGCUACCUCGAGACUGAGGAAGUUGAGGGAGAGGUCAAGUCUAAGAGGACUCUGUGGCCUAGGAGUACGCCCUGUGCUGUCAUUGAGAGGGCGAGUUGCCCUGACCAAAGAGUCAUUAGGACGACACUGGAGCACGUCGCUGAGGCUAUCGAGUCCGAGGGCAGCAGGCCACCUGGGCUGCUUGUUGUCGGUAGGGCGUGCGAGGCUCUCUACGAGAAGGAGAAAGGGAGAGCAUGGGCUGUUGAGGAUGGAUUCAAGGGGUUUGACCUUGAGGAGUUGCCUGGAUUAUCAUAA